AUGAGGCUACGGUUUAAUCUGGGGAGUGAACGGCAAGCGGCGGCAUCGGUGCUGUCGGCUCUGAGCACUGUGCAGGCUAGCUUCACAUCCAGUGCUGCAGCAGCCUGUGGCCACUCAUCUGUCUUCCCAGCAGACGACGACUGUCCCAGCCUCACGACUCCUCGAAAUAACCACUGUUGCUGUUUUUCGUCUGCUUUCGUCACUUUGACAAUAUGUCAAGUUUUUACCUUUGACACUUAUUCCUUGUACCCACCGCUUCUGGUCUCAGAGCCCUGCCGCUGCCCCCAUGGCCGAGCGAGUGGCUCAGAUGCAGGCCAUCGGGGUGUGGUGGUGGGAGACGGAGUUGUAGGUGAAACUUGCCUACUGAUCAGUUACACAACCAAUGCAUUUCCUGGAGAAUAUAUCCCUACUGUCUUUGACAAUUAUUCUGCCAAUGUUAUGGUAGAUGGAAAACCGGUGAAUCUGAGCUUAUGGGAUACAGCUGCUCAAGAAGAUUAUGACAGAUCAUGCCCCCUAUCCUAUCCUCAAACAGAUGUGUUCUUAAUUUGCUUUUCCCUUGUGAGUCCUGCAUCAUUUGAAAAUGUCCGUGCAAAGUGGUAUCCUGAGGUGCGGCACCACCGUCCCAACACUCCCAUCAUUCUAGUGGGAACUAAACUUGAACUUAGGGAUGAUAAAGACACGAUCGAGAAACUGAAGAAGAAGCUGACUCCCAUCACCUAUCUGCAGGGUCUAGCUAUAGCUGAGACUGGCUGUAAAAUACCUGGAGUGCUCGGCGCUCACACAGUGAGGCCUCAACAGUGUUAG